GUCGUUCUCAAGGGGCACGCUUAAGAGUACCCCUACCAUUCCACUAAGUGGUAUGGUAAAUUAGUCGUAUCUCAGAUUUCUGAGAGCUUAGCGUGGACACCUCCAGCCUCGAGGUGAUAUUCUUCACCGAUUAUUAACUCGGAGUAAAGAACCUCUUCAUAUGUCGGAUGUUGGGAGUCUUACGCCGCUGGCCAGCGCGGAGAGGAUUAUCAGAUAAAGUGAUUCGGCGAUUUCGUGUUUCAGAACGUUGUACCUUACCGCUGCAGUAGCGACAGCGACGAGGAGCCAGUCACGAAGCAGCCUCGACUCAGCCGCAGACAUUCGCGGGGUUCUGGAAGGGAAUCCCCGAGUCAGUCGGCACGUUCGACGCGCUCGAGCCGCUCGAGACAGCAGAGAGCCGCGAGAUCGCGAUACUGCGAGGAUCCAGCCACGGUCAGAGCGGAUCUAUCCGACACCGACGCGUCUUCCGAGAACCGAUCGAUCAGCGAUGGAUCCUACUUCGAGGAUGAACUAUGUCAGCUCUGUGUGAUGGACACGAAGUCUGAGGGAGCGGAGGAUCGAAUUGCAACGAUUUUGGGAGAUCAAGGAGAAGAGGGUGACGUUGAAGAGGACGCGGUAAGCGAAGACGAAGAGGACGACAUGCCACCGACACCUGACACAGUGCCGAUGACAAAUUCGACGGUCAUCGAGGAGGAAUCUUGCGAUCAAAUCGACGGUCAACCCGAAAACGUCGAACAAUCGAAUAGCAAUCUUGCUACCGACGAGCCAGUGAAACGUCGUAGAACGACUGAGGAGGUCGCAUCUUUCAACACGUCCAACAGGAAGUCGAAGAAUUGCGCGACCUUCUACUUCAGACACUUGGACACCGACUCCGAGCAGAACGAGGAGCCCGCGGUGGUCGCGGAGGACUCCUCGGAGGAAGAGUGGACCUACACGUCGUCGAACGUGAACAACGACGCGGAGCAACGUAAAACGAACGUCCUGGUGGGCUUGGACUUCGGCGAGACGCCGAGGAACGGGCACAUCUGCGGGGAAACCGCGAAAACGACCGAGAAACCCGUGAAAAGCGUCGGAAUGGAGUGCGUCGACGAGACAUCAAACGAAACCGACGCGUCGUCUCAUCGCGACAAGGACAGCGACGAGGAAACGAGAAAUGACAAGAUGAGCAUCCAGAGGCUCAUUAAGGAGGUAGAGAAAUUGGUCGGGGAGGAAAGACGCGCUGGAGUGCCAAAGACGUUUCCUCAGCUCAUUCUUGACGAUAAGGGUAUAACGAACAAUCAUCGCGCUAAGUACGCUCGAAUAAAGGAGUGGUUGAAGCUGAACUCCGUGCGCGGACACGAAGGACGAUCUACGUCACAGCCGUUGGAUAGCUGCGAUGCCAGCGGCGAGUACACGACCGAGGAGUCCGACGGUGAGAGACAGUCGGUCUCGUCUGAGGAUCUGCAGAGCAGCGUCGCGACUUACCGUCGUUUCGAAGGUGCUCUGCUCGGUUGCGCGUCCCAGUCUAUGUCGCAAGAGAUAUUCGACGACGUCGACAGGACGCCGAUCAACGAGUCGCAUCCGAUGCUGGACGCGAGCACGCCGAAAGUCGUGAUGCGCUCCAAGCAGAAAACGAACGGGCCCAGACCGUGGAGCGUUUCUUGUAUCUCGCAGAUCGGUAACAACUCCAGUUUGAAUCAAACCAACGACCCGAUUUCGCAGUUCUCCAUCUCCGAGACGGCGCUCCAUCAGCUAAUUGCUACACCGCCGACCAAGUCCGUGUCCCUCGAUGCCACAGGAUCACGCAAAUCAUUCAACAAUUCGACGUCCACGUUGAUGGAGGAGUCGAUCAUCUGUCACGAUGGCCGCGUGGUUCGGAACAGCUCGUUGCGUAGGAAGAAGAGCAGGCUGCGUAAAAAGACUCUGGGCCGCAAAAGCGAAUCGAGCUCGGAGGGUGUAAACGCGAAUCAUUCAGCCGGAAGCGACGGUAGCUCGACGAAUCAGCAACGUUCGACCCGGAAGAUGAGCGGAAGCCGAACGAUACGCACGAUCUCGAGGGAUUGCCACGGACGUUUGACGACGCUGGUGAAAUCAGGCUCGUUCUCGGGGUGCACGGAUCACCAACAACUCUCCUCGGAGAGAACCAUAGUCAGCGAUCCGACACCGCCGUUCAGAUUACCCUGCUGCACUUCGGUGGCUUCGGCGUCCGAAACCGAGGGCGAGGAGCAACGUAAUUGCACGCGCGGCCGAUUCGUCUACGAGGAAAGCCUGCUGGACAACGUUCUGAACACCAAAGAGCUGUCCAAUCAACAGCUGAACGUCGACAGCGACGUGGAGAUGAACAGUCUCGGGAACAACUCGUUCUCCGAGCAAGCCUGGGAUAAUUAUCAGGAAAAAUAUAUGAGCGAGCCCUACAGCGAAGCGCCAGACGUGGAAACAGCUCGAAGACUAUUGGACUUUGGUGACGAUUACAGAAACUUCCUCGAUAGUCAAUCUGAUUGUGCAUCCAGUAUGAGCGCGGUCCCUACUAGUUCUCCGCUGCCUAGAAGUCGUAUGCAUCAUGAAAUCAUCGACACUACGGAGGACAGCGACAGCGACGUGGAGGAUGUGCGAAACGUCGUUGAAAAGUCUCAGUCCCAGCUGGCGCUCGCUGAAAAUCUGUUUUUGAGAUCGAAAGGCGGAGCAAUUCCUGAGGAUUGCACGGAAGUGGAGUGUGCGUGUAGAGAGAAUCUGAGGUGUCUUCACACGCUAUUGGAGUCCGUGAGCAAUUCAUUCCGAAGCGAAAAAUAUGUGAAACAAGUUCGUGGUACAAUGGAGAAAUGGGAGUCCUUAGCCGCCAGAGUGGAGGAAACUCAAAUGGCCAACGCGCUUCAUCGCGAAUUGACUGCUCUUCGGACGGAAUUCAAAGCGUCACGCGACAGGCUCUCCUCGCACGAGAUCGUUCUGGAGCAGCCCCACGUGUUGGACGAGCGGAUUAACCGAAUUACGGCCGAACUGGCUGCGUUGAGGGAUCGCAAGGCUGCCAUGCUGGCACUGAACGUCUCGACGCACAGACUGAUCACCGAUCUCGGUAACUCCGCGACGUUGAACUUCACCGACCUCAAAGAUGGCGUCGCAGACUUGUAUCGCGUCUGGGACGAGACUUUCCAAAAGGGCAAUCAACAAUUGUGCGCUCUGCAAGCCGUCCAGCAGUUUAGCAUUCGUUUGACGGAGUUACAGUGCGCACUGCGAAGGGACAAAGACACCCUUGCAGUAUUGGACGUGGCCCUCCAAGCGGGAGCAACAUCGGAAGUGGCUUCGUCGGUUCGUCACGUCGCCAGGCUACUGUCUGAAAAACAGGACAUCAGUUGUCAGAACGGGACAGUGCUGAAAGACGCGACCACGGAGGAGGUGAGCGGCGUCGCGACGACGAAAUUCGGCGACGCGUCUCCGAUCAGUCUAACGCAGGAAGGUGGCUCGCUCUCGGACAGUGGGAUCUCUGAUAGCGGAAGCGAGCAAGAGUUGAGCGAACGCGAGCGACGAUUGGCAGCCUUGCGACGGCUGACACGCAGCUUGGAGAACCAACUGGCGCCAGGUAGCGAGGCGCUCACCGAACUCUGGAAGAGAGUCGACGACGCCGAAACGGAGCUUCGCGACCUGCAGAAGCAUUGCCGGGAGUUGAUCGUACGCACCGCUGCCAGCGUCGAGGCGCGUGCUGCCAAACGAACCAGCAGCCAGGUCCACCAUUUCGCGGACAAGCGCAAAAAGGCCAGUUCCACGGAGAUGGCGAAAGGUGGAUCCAAGAAGAUCGUGCCGGUCGCGAAGAAGAGCGGCGCAACCGAUGGAGGAGAUCCAGAUUACGAGCCAGAGCUGCCCCACAGUUGGGUCUGGCGCAUCCUGAGGGCUGCGCUGCCCUUUCAGCUGGCCCUGGUCGCCCUCUUCUGCGCCGCCUGUCUGCUCGAGCCUCACUGCUGCGAGGCGACCAACACUCUGAAUCUUUCGCUCACCCCUCAGCUGCGUUACGUCAGAGGACCGCCGCCUGUGUGAAAACCACGUCACGCGUGGCAUAAUUUGGUAAAUCAUAGCGUGCAUCAUCCCGCGCCUCGAUACUCCGGAGGAGUGUGAACACGUUCAGGCGAACCGAUCGAUCCCUCAGUCACAAAGCGCGAUUCGAGCUGGAGAACAGCCUCGACCUAGCGUCCGCUGACCAGGUCACCGUUCGACAAUAAGAGCGCACGAUUUUCGAAAAAAUUGUUCGAUAAAAUUGUUUCGAGAAAGUCUCGAAAACGCUGCCAAUGCGCUUGUAAUUGCAAUUAUUGGGUUGAUGAACGAGGGGGAGUUUUAUUAUACUCUGUUGAUUUCUUCUGAUGGCAAUAGCGAUAGAUUGAAUUUUUUAACACCUUACGAACCGCUGAUACGAGAUUCGGUAUUCAUAUUUUGGGGAGCAUUAAUGAGGUUUUGACAGAAAGAACACUUUAGUUGAACUUUAACUAGUUUGUUCGAUUGCCAGCAUAUUAUUGUACGUGUUCAUUUUAUAUACGUAUACACCUUUGGAUAUUUGUGCAAUGAUACCUGAAUACAAUAAAAUUGAAGUCUUACCCUUCCAGAGGAAAUUCACUAGCUCUCCACCAAUCAAGACAGCUGCUCAAGGGGAAGGGGUCUUCGUUGGUGCAUGAGUUGGUUUCACCUAGAAGGCAAAGAAAUAAUGUUGUAGAGUGUACAUAUCACAAAGAAGUUAGAUUAUAGCGGAGGCAGAAAAUAUUGGUGAAUCGAGGACACUUUUCGCAACUGUUUAUCACAUGAUACGCGAUACUUUUAUACUAUAUCAUUUCGAUUCAAUAUUUGAGAGGCGAGUGGAUAUGUACCUUCUGGUUUUUGGCUUGAUUGAUUCUCAAACGCGAUUGGUACAAGCUCAUGGAACAUAGAAGGGAUUUAAGUAAUUUAGUGGGGAGAACAAAAUAGUUGGGAGGAGAUCUCUCCAUGAUCUUUAGCAACCAAUAUUUUCUGCCUCGAGUACUGAUAGGUUUUCAAUGUAAUUAUACGUACUAGGAGACUUAUGAACUGAAAAUUUGAUACUUUUAUAUUUUGUAGCGAAGAAACUCGAAACAAGUUGCAUACAUUCAAAGUAUAGUAUACAUUCAAAGAAGAAAAACAUAUUUUAUGCAUAUAUUUUGUAGUAUCUGAUGGCAGAAAAAUAUUUUUGAUAAAAGGUAUGGGUAUUGCUUCUCAUAUUCAAAACAAACAUUAUAGCAUAUAUAGUUCAAGCAAAUAUAUCAUAAUUUACUAAUGUAAUAAACGUUGCGACAUUCGAUUCAGAUCCUCUUCAAUAGCAAAUAUUAAUUAUGAAUGGGUUGCAUACAUAUUUGAUUGCCUGAUGUACUUCGUGCUAAAUUUAUUCAUAGUUACUUUACAUUCUUUUCAGUUUUAUAAUUAAUCUUGUUAUACUGAGGGUAACCCAAGUCGAAGGUUAAAUGCUUAUGAAAUAAAUAAUCCAAUGUUUGUUUUGACGAAAGAAACACUGAAAGAGAAAUACUGAAUUAGGGUACCACAAUGGGAUUCAAUGGAUUCUGAUAUUCCUUCGCGUGUUUACACCGAUUUACUUGAAACACGAUAGAGUGGAAACUACAACUUUGAAAGAAUCCUAUGACUGUAGCUUUAAUGAAAUGCACACGAGUUUAUUAUUUACAGCGCAUCAUUUUAAUACUGCUACUUUUGUAAGAAAAAAUAAUAACUACAAACUACCUGACGGCACAAACAAUAGAGACAAGUAGUGGGAUCGUCGAUGCACGAAAAAUUAAUUGUGGUACUCUAAGGUUAAUAUUUGUAACGGUCUGACUUUUUUUUUUAUUAUCAGUCAGGUUUUAUACUCAAACUAUACACGCUAUUUAUAAAUCAAAACUUUUCAAACUUUCUCAUUUUCUCAAAUUUAGCAAUAUCAUCCUUUCAUCUACGAGAAUUCGUACUUCAGCGGUUCUUAAGGUGAUUACAACAUAUUGUUACUAAUUUUGAGCGGUAAUACAGAUUCAAUAGAAUUCUGAAUACUUUCCCGAAGAACAAGUUUCUUCGUAUCUCAAAGCACAAACACAUACAUCAAUCAACCCCCAAAUUCGAGUGACUUCGAUUAGAAGAAUCACUUUUACCAAAUUGCAUCUAAACGCACCGUUAAUUUCUAAAUCACCGUGGCGCGAUCCCCGAUCUCGUCUAAUUUACAACGCAUUGGCAACCGUACACUGCCGUUAGAAUAUUUUUCAAAGCCACCGUUUGUCAAUAUCACUGGCUCAAAGACGCGACGCGACAGGAGACGUUCCUGUUUCGCGCUCGGUGAAAUUUUAGACUGCUUUAAAGAUGCAACGAAUUUGCGUUUCGCGAGAAAAGUGCGCUCGAUUGAAGUUGCGAUUAAGCGUAAACGUAACGAAACGAAAACAAAAAAAAAAAAGAAAAAGAAAAGGAAAGAAUGAAAGACGCAAAACGAGUGACUGAGCCGCGACUAAUGGUCGCGAACAAUGAGCACUACGUCAAAAAAAAGAAAAAAAGAAAAACGUAAACGAUGCCGCAAAGAUGCAUUGUUUUUUUUUUUAUACGUUUUUACAAGGUAAUAUUUAUGAGUGUAAAAUCGUAGAAGCGACGCGUGGUAAGUAUAGUUCGUGUUCUUAGUAUACCUACUGUACCCGUGUUCGCAACACGAAGCCACACGGAUGGUCAUUGGUUCUUCGAGCCAAGCAACGUCGAAACCUCGUCAGAACACGCGAACUCGUACUUCCGGAUGGAACGAUACGAGAAUAUCGACAGAUAAGGUUAACGAAGUAUUUAUAAAGAGGAAACUUUAUCUUUCCCAGUGGAUUUGCAGGCGGUAAUUAUUUAUUCUGCGAGGUCACGAGGUUUCGAGGAUGUUCGAAGCACCGAAACGAUGUGGCAUCCUUUGUUAUAUAGUAUAAAUAUUUAUUUAUAUAUGUUGCAAGUUAUAUAUAUAUAUAUAUACAUAUUAUUGUUCGUAAUUUAACGUCGAUUCAGAGAGGUGACAUUUUUAUUUUUUUUUUUUCUCGCGAGAAGAGAAACAGACCAGAUAGAUAACGACGAGUUUGUCGCUGACAGAUGAAAGUAUUUCCGAAUGUAUGAACACUUUUCAACAACUAUAUACAUAUAUAUAUAUCCAUGCAUGCGAUGUUAAACGACAGUAAUACCAUCAUUUUAUUGUUUUCAGUGAGUUUGUUUGUUUGUUUGUUUUUUUUUUUUUUUUUUUUAUAUAAUUUUGUAAAGAUGAUUGCAGCCUGCAAUGGCUAAACGACGUUGUACGCAUUUAAUGCUACCGUGGGAGAACGACAGAACCUUAGUAGACGAGAUUCUGCGUGGAAGCGGAUUAAUAUUCGUGCAGAAUAUGCACAAGAGAAAGUUGGUCUCGUUAUGAUACGACGAGGUACUUACAGCUUCGUACGUGUAAAAUUUCAAAAGAAGAAAUGGUAGCAGAGUGAGAGAAGACGCACGUAAUAUUUCCAACGUGACGGUCGAUUAAGGUUUAGCAGAAUGGAGUUUCUGCUAAAUGGAGUUCUUUCGUGAACAGAUCUCAAAAGUUCCCUUUUCGGUUACCUUGUUAAUCGAAGGGCCUCUCAGAUCGGAAAGAAACUUAAAUAGGUGGACAUCAGUUUCCUCGAUUCUAAAGAAAACACGACUUUCUCGGCUGAGACGGUUACAGUUUCUAUUUUCUUUGGAAUUCUAGAAAAUGGUGUUCCGUAAACGACGAGAACGGAGUCCUAUCGCGAGAGGCGUUGCUUCUUCGCAAACACAAAGUUUCGACGAACAAACGAAACGAAUCUUUUUGAAGUUCCUCUCGAAUUUCACACAUUCUAUUAACAAACCGAGUGAUUCAAGUGUCGCAUAAUAUUUAUUCCUCGCGAGCUCGACGGAAACCACGAAUAGACGAUCCGUCGUGAAUUUACUAACGAGGAAAUCGAGAGUUCGACGAGACGUGUGACGAUUAUCGUGACUUCUUGACGAGAUCAUGCGUCACGCUGCGGGCUAAAUGUACAAGAACGUGUACAGCGCGCUGCGAAAAGAUAGAAAAUUUGAGAAAGAGACGAUUUUCUUAGCGAAAGAAAGAAAAUUUGAGAAAGAGACGAUUUUCUUAGCGAAAGAAAGAAAAUUUGAGAAAGAGACGAUUUUCUUAGCGAAAGAAAAGUGGGAGUGUGCAAAAGUUGCACGAUCGAAGCGAAUGAUCUUCGAGGUAGGGGGCGAUUUUUAACGAGCGUUCGAACACGAACGAUACGAACGAUUCUUCGAGAGAAAUGUUCUCUGGUUCUUGCCAUUCGAGCAAAGGAUCUGUUGGAGUUCGAGAAAACCCAUCGUAUCCAAACGAUUAACGAAAUACUAUGAAAAAAUGAUUUUUUUAUACGUAUAUUGCUUCUAGUUAGUGCUUGGACUAUUGAAUUUCUACUUGUGUAAUCGUAUUUACGAGGAGUAACGACCGACGAUAUAAUGCAGUUGACACUUACGUCGGAAUUAUCAAUAAUCGCGUGUUUUGUAUUUUCGUUUCAUCGCUUUGGACGUCGCUUGUCAUCGUUUUUUGAGAGUUCUGAGUCAGUUACUCUCAUUGAACUCUAUUUUGUUACUUUGGUAGGUCUUCAUUUUAUUUUUUGGAAAUUUUGGAAAGCUAUAAUAUUUGAAUUCAAUGUUAUUUGUGUUAAUAUUUUGGUCAAAUUCGAGUUUACUAUGGAACACUGUUAUUUGAUUGACAAUCAACAGCUGCAAAAUGGCUGUUUGGUUGAAAAUCAAUAACUUGUAUUAAGAUACCCAGUUGUAGAUUCUUCAGAAAUAUUAUUUUUACACUAUCAAAUUUGUCUUAAUUAUUUGACACAUAUUAGAACAUUUAGAACUUAGAAGAAAAAAAAUCACUCUUCAGAACGACACCAAUUAGAUUAUUGUAUGUAUCAAUAUUGUCCACAUAUAUCAAUCAUCUUUUAAAUAACAGAAUUAUGUAACAGAUUAUAUAAAAACUUCUAAAACACCUCACGAUAUAUUACAACAAUUUACAUUCACAUUUUCUUUCGAUUUUUCAUUUAUACCAUAAAAAGAAAUAACUUAAUUUGAUUGUAAUUUACCUUGACAAUAAUUUCUACUUUCAAGGAAUAAUUUACCGAAGAAUCAAACUGUAAACAGAUCAAAUUAAAUUGAAUUUCAAGUUAGAUACUGACUAUCGCGACGAUUCUCCAAGUGAUUAAUGUUAGAUAGCAAUAAGGUUGUGCACGCGUUCAAAUAUACAGUUUUCAUGGACUUCCGAUUGGUUCGAUUGGAAUGAAGUGUUUGCUUGGUUUGAAGAUCCGGGCAGUGAAAAAUGUCGAUAGAAAAUCGGUGACCAAAAAAAAAAAAAUAUAUAAGGGCAAAGGUUUGGAAUUUUAUUUUUCUAUACCGUAGAGAAUAUUAUUUUUCAUAAUAACAGCGAGUAGUUUCAUUCGCUGCCUAUACGAUAGGAAUUUAGAGAGAAAGAAAGAGAAACAGAAAUCUAGAAAAAUGGGACAUACAAUUAAUCGCUUUGUAUCAUAGUUCUUAAACGGUUACAAGAACAAGAAUGGCCGAUCGAGAGCUUACAUCGAGCUCAGCAGUUCGUUUUUAAUGUAUGCAAAAGUUCAGCUACGUUUGCUCUGGUCGUGAAUUCAAUGAGAAAAAAAUAAUCCGUCAUUGUAUUUUCGCAAUACUUGAAAGCCUUACAGUUAACGCAAAAUAAAAAUUAGUAGUGUAAAUAGAUGCGUUGAGAAAGUAGCGAACUAAUCGCAAGAUAAGUUCGGAUAGUAUAUUUUCUAAAUAAAGAAAAAGAAAAAAGGAAACAGAAGUUUAUUGAUUUUCGUAGAGGAGAACGAAAUUAAAGAAGUCUAUUUUGUGAGGUAUUUUGUAUGGGGUGGGAAUUCGUAGAAGAUAGGAAGCAUAUUCUUUCGAUUUUCAUCUUGGGACGAACACAAGUGUCUUAUGCUUCAAAGUGAAACGCGAUGGGCUCUAUUUUUCAGUAAGCAAUUCGACGGAAAACGUUUCGUAUUAACGCAACAAUUAUUGGAUGAAAUCCAUGAUACUUAUCAGAUUUUCGAGCAUUGCUUAAUGGCGAACAGAGCGACUACUAUCAGUCGAUUCGAACUCUGUUGGCCACCGAAUGUCACCAAGGAGUUAUCCUCACCACUCUGUACCACAAGCACGGAGAUUCAUUAUGCCAGGAAUAGUAGAGCAGCAGAAAUGGGCAAAAUUCAUAUCUAAAUUAACGUUUCGUAUAAUUUCUAUCAUUUGUUUGUUCAAUAAUAAUUGCAACUUACGUUGAAGAGCUGACUUUCUUAAUAAUUACUCGAUAUAUACCUUUUUAAGCUAAAGUUUGUUAUUAUUAUUAAUAGACGUAACUAGAGAAUCAAACUUUAUUUACAAAAAUAUGGGGCAUACGUAAUUACGAAUGCAAGACAUUUUGACCGUUGCAAUCGAAACAAUUUGCAAGUAUCAAUGAAGAAAAUAAUUGAGAAGAAGCGCAUAUUUAGAAUUUUAUGUUUUCUGCGAUUUUUGAAAGAAGCUCUCCAAUUAUAAACUGUAAUUAUAUUUCACGUUGAACGAAUGUAAAUUUACUCCGAUAAAUGUUCGAUUGAAUAAACUCUCUAAAGCGUUAUCAGAUAGACGUUCAUUGUCUCAAUGAAAUUUUAUUUGAAUAAUAAAUGAUUGGUAAAGCCAAUUCAUCGAAAUUUAUUCCUGACGUUUAUUCUACCGAACAUUUAAAUUACUAUUCGUUUCUAUAUUUGUUCCAGAAUAAAUAUCUGUCAAUUCUUUCAUAAAAACUAGAGAAAUAUUUCCACGAGUUUCUGACGUCUUCCGGAUAGUGGGGGUGACCUUCCGCGGCCAAUCGAUCUCGACGCGACUUUGCGAGGUUUUCUUUUAGUAAAAUGACGAAAGGUUCGCGCGACGCGCCGCUCGCAGUCGCUAGAUAUGAAAUUAGGAGUGCUUAGAUAUUUCGCACGAUGCUUACUGUGUAAGCGUACACGUUUAACGAGUGUGUUAUCGUGUUUAGCGUUAAUAUAAAACCUCUGUCGAGAUGCUUCACGCGGUUCGUGGAAUGCACAACGCGUUUCGCAGACUUCGGUUUUGUAUUUCUGGAGACGUUUGUGCACGCCUGUGCGUUCUGGGCGUCUUAGACCGUAUUUACGUUGACACCGAGAAUCGAGAGCUUCGAAUCAGCCCAAGCCGGAGCUGAUCGAGCUGGAGAGCAUAGUAACGUUCGUGAUACCGCGUCGUAUCGGACGAUUGUGUCUUUUUGUAUGAUACUAGAAAAAAAGAAAAAUAGAAAAAGUGGUAGAAAAAAAAAACGAAGAUACGAAGGUGCGAAGAAGAAGAAGAAUGAUCGUUGAGGUCAUCGAACGAAUGUACCGAAUGAUCUGUACUUACGUGUUCUCGAUCGCGACAGAUAACGGUGACCAUGCGUUGCAUGUACGCAUGCUAAUACACGAAAACACAAACAUAUACACACAAGAAGAGCUUAAGAGUACAGAGUUUAAAAUUUAAGCGCCGGUUGUAUUCCCUACAUACGCCUAAUGAUUUUUUUAUUCUUGACAUCUGCAAGAGGACCCUCUUCGGAGUCACUUGUGUUAGAGAGAGAACUUAAACGACGAAAAUGGAGCGAUUUUUCUUUCUUUUUUUGCUAAAUGAUCGAUAUGAGUGGUAAUUAUUCAGAGAAAUUUAGAAUUGAUCUUCUGUUCAUCUUUUCCGUUAGGAUGAAUGGAUAAAUGCAUUUAUAGCGUAUAUUAACGAGGAAACCAAGAGCAAGACGUAUUUACAUAAGUAUUUCAUAAAUUAGUAUAAUAAUAUCGAUAAUAUUUCAUUUUGCAUAAACGCAUAUAACUAUUUUGCGUAUGGUUUUCAUAUUAGCAUACGCUAUAAAUUCACGUACCCUUCGGUGUACCACUUCAAGGUGUCCGUAAUGUGUAUCAUUAAAAUCUUAUUUUAUCCUUUUCAGUUUUCGAGACCUCGAAAUCACUUUCUAUGUGGGAAAGCUCAUCUAACCUUUGUAUUCAAUGUGUCUCGAUAUUUAAACAAAUAUUAUUUUUCCCUUUUAAAUAAAGUAUUUUCGAAUACUUUGCAUCGAAGUGUCGAUUUUCAAGAUUAUCCCUGAGAAGGAUAACAAAUAAAAUUUUAAUCGAAACUACAUUAAUUAGAAUUAAUAUUCUACGAAAGGAAGUGAAAUUUACUUUAAUUAUCGUUCGCGAAAAAGUGCUUCAUUUUCACCGCAAUAAAGAGCAUUAUCGUGCACCUUGCGGGAUCUAUCGCGCGGCGUAUUAUUUUUUGAAAAGCCACAGACGCCUCUAACGUUGCCAGUUAGGCAUCGGUUAAAUAGAACGUUGCGCGCCAAGUUCCAUGGUUUCACGAGUCUUUGGUUCAUCGAAUUUACGUUUUACACUCAAUGUCUAUGACUCGGCCGUUUGGCUCCACGAACGUUGAAUGGAAAAACUGGACUCGACGAACACGAGGCUUGCCUCGCCAGCCUUAUUUACCUAUGAUAAUGUGUAUAAUGUACCUGAGAAAUCAAAAUAUUACUUAGAUACAGUAAAACGAGAGGUAUCGUUACUUCUCUCUCCGUUGCAUAUUCACGCCUGUAAUCGUAAAUGAUCGUGUCGUGCUUAUACCAAGCUUGAUUUGUCGCGAAAUGUAUUCACCUGCGUUGCUAAUUUAGCAGCUACUUAGAUAUACGUUGCAUGCGGUUUUUUUACUUUUAACGAAAAUUAUGAUACUGUUAGGCGAUGUGUAAACGUAUUGAUAUGUAUUUUGGGGGAAAAAUCUAUAAAAAGAAAAGAAAAGAUACAUUUACGGUUCGCCGACGAACGUUAUUAUCAUAAUAGUCGAUAUUUUUAUGGAGGGCCGCAGUUUCUGGCGAAAUUCACGACCAAUUGAACGCGUGAAUUUUAUGCAUACGCGACGUGUGCGAGUACGGGAAAAUAUAUUCAAGAACUGAUGCAGGAUGUGCGUUUAUGCAAAAUAAUACUAAAACAGUAUUAUCGGGAAGCAGAAUCCUCCGGAAAUUAAUUAAAGUAGCUUCAAUUUUUAAUGAUAAUUCGUGAAUAGCGAAUAUAAAAUUUGUUAAAUUCGAUGCUUGAGAAAUAAAUUAAACAUCCAUAAAUUAAAAUGCAAAACAAUAUUACAUAGUAUUAUUAGGAAAUUAAUUAAAGUAGCAUCAAUUUUUAAUGGUAAUUCGUGAAUAGACGAUAUAAAAUUUUUUAAAUAUAUCAAGUGAUUACAUUAAAGAUAUGAGAACUAAUUACAUUGAAUGCUUAAGAAAUAAGUUAAAAAGCCAUCACUGCUCUCCUUUUGAUUGAAUUACCAAAUCGACUGACAAACUAUUUACUUUCAUACGUUUUGUACAUGUUUCCCCGUAUUAGUACACGCCGUAGAUGCACAAAAUUCGCAAUCCAAUUCCAAAUCCCAAUCAAUUUUGCACGCUGUUGCGAAUUUUCCAAAAAAGAAACUGCGGUCCAUUUUGCGACAAAGCUAUCGAACGUAUACCAUCGAAAGUACGAUCGCCUGUUUGUAUUGCGUCUGCUUAAAACUACAAGCGAAAUCAACCCUCUGCGAACCUCUUUUUCAUAGUAUUACGAAUCAGUAUAUUUUUGCAUCGACGCCAAAAAGAAAAUGUAUGCUUACGUCGAUUGAAGCACUUUUCAUAUCAUAACGAAAAACAAGUUGAUUCGCGGAAGAUUGAACUCGAUUGUGUCGAUAAAGUUUCAUUCGAACAUCUCGAAGACGCUAUUGUACUUUAAGUAGCGUGUAUGCUUUACGUUUUAUUUUACAGUUAGGCGCCGUAAUGUCGGACGUAAACUUAUUGGAUGACGAUGAUCGUGUCUACGAUCGAUGCAACUGGUUUUUUCUUCUUUUUUUUUUGUUCAAUGUUAUCGUUAAGCCCAUCCAUGAAUUUCGCCGGUGGUUCGUUCUGCCGUUUAAUUUUGUAAACUUUGCGUCAGUUACUGCGCCGAAAUGGAUUGUCUCGCCCGCAAAGAAACACGUUCGUUUAAAUUGCACUAUAAAUCACAGUUUCGUUACAUUAUUUCUUUAUCUUUUUUUUUUUUUCCUUUAUUUUGAAACGAUCAGGUUUGGUUCAUUUCGAAAAGCAAUAUCAAACAGACGUGUUUCCGCACGGUUACGUAUCUCUUCCCAUUUUUAUAUACUUAUCGUUAAUUUUAUUUUGCUCAGACUCGUGCAAUUUUGCCAUUCACGAUGUGCUCCGUUUCAGACACGCGCUCCAUUCGCAUAAAAAAUUCACUUCAUCGAAUCAUCAUUCACAUGUCAUUGCGUCUAUAAUAUCGUAUACUUAUAUCCGAUCAAUAACGAUAAUAUUUUCUACGAUUACGGAGUAUUCUAGUGUAUUUUGGCACUAUGGAGAAAAUAAAUUACAGUUUUGGACAACA